AUGCAACAAUUUACAAGCCUUCCGCGAAGAAUUCAAGUAGAAGGGAGAUGGCUUAAUAUUCAGGGGAUUCUUGGCUAUGGCGCGUUUGGUGUAGUGCACAAAGUCACAGAUGAAGCAAAUCCGUGGAAAGUCUUCGCGUUGAAACAAGUCCGCUGUUCUGAUGCUUCCCAAACUGACAAUGCUAUUCGUGAGGUUCGAAUUAUGAAACAACUCAGGCACCAGAAUGUUAUUUUAAUGUUCGCGGCAGAUCAGAUGAGCGAUCACCAAGGCUUGCACAUGUUGAUUGUGACCGAGUACUGCGAAGGCGGAAGCUUGAACGCUCGUCUUAGUCGACCGAGUUUUGAAGAAACCAACUACAAGUGGAUUUUACAAAUAACAGAAGCUCUUGCCUACCUUCAUUCACAACAAAUACCGGUAGUUCAUCGCGACUUGAAGGCCGACAACGUGCUCCUAACUGCGACGGAGGAUGUAAAAUUAGCUGACUUUGGUUUAGCUCGACAUUACGUGCCACUCAAAGAAUCUGUGCAAUAUGGCCCCUACGGUUCGUGGAUGACCCACUUUUUAAAGUAUUACAUGAAUUCAGGAGUUGGCCCGCCACACUGGGUGGCUCCUGAAUUUUUCAGACGACGUUACACCGAGAAAGCCGACGUGUUUUCGAUUGGAACUUUGAUUCUCGGGAUCCUGCAGCGAGAUCUUAUCAUGUUUAAUGGCAAACCAAUUUAUGGUGCCUUCGUAAACAUUCCUCAAAAUACCUUUGGGCCGUUUGGCGGCGUAGUUCAGUGGGUGAAAGUAGGCAUUGGAUAUGCAAUGGCAAAGUAUAAUCCAAACAUUUCCAUCCCACUCUCACUCUGCCCACCAUUGUCCAACGCUCUGCAAGAAAUCGCCCUACGUUCUAUGCAAUACAACGAGUAUGAUCGUCCAAGCGCAAGCGAAAUUUGUUAUCAAGUUAAGAGCAUCCCAUCGCGCAUUCAGCCGCAGAACUUGAUGCCACUUUAG